AUGGCACUCGGAAAUCUCGUCGCAGAUCUCGCUGUCCGCGACGUCUCCUCGAUUUCCUCCAAUUUCAGCAUCUUCAACCAGGGCUUUUACUCCAUCCUAGGCAAUGCACCCAAACUCGAACUCGUCCUCGAGAACAAUGAUUUUCCUUUUGCUCACGAAGCGGCCGUCUACAUUCCCAGCUCGGACUCCCUCUUCAUGACCAGCAACAUGUUCCGUGACCCCGCGACCAACCAAACCACUAUCAAGAUCAGCAAAGUCAACCUAAGCGCUCACCCAGUGACCUCCGAGAUUAUCAACAGCACCAUUCCCCUGCCCAACGGCGGCGUAAACAAUGGCAAUGGCAUCCUCUGGGCCGGCCAAGGUACUCUUAACGAGACAGGUGGUCUUUUCCAAAUGUCAGCUACUGCGCCGUAUAACUCAGAGCCGAUCAUUGAAGGCUUCUACGGCCGUCAAUUCAAUUCUCUCAAUGAUGUGGUAGUCGCAAAUGACGGCGCAUAUUGGUUCACUGAUCCCAUCUACGGAUGGGUACAGGGUGUCCGGCCACAGCCGAAGCUUCCGAAUCAAGUGUACCGCUAUGAUCCAGUCACCAAGGACGUGCGUGUCGUGGCUGAUGGGUUUGGACGACCGAAUGGAAUCUCCUUCUCGCCCGAUGAAAUGACAAUGUACAUCACCGAUACCGCGGAGACGAUUGGUAAUGGGACGACCGAUCCUGUUCUACCAGCGACCAUUUAUGCAUUUGACGUGACUGCCAUCGGUGGCCAGCCUUUCCUGACCAAUCGACGAGUCUUUGCCAUGGCCAGCGUCGGUAUCCCCGACGGCAUCAAAGUUGACCAGUUCGGUAAUGUAUAUGCCGGCUGUGGAGACGGUGUCAACGUGUGGUCUAUGGGCGGGGUGCUCCUGGGCAAGAUCUUGAUCAAGGGGGGCACCUCGAACUUUUCGUUUGGGCGUGAUGGUCGCAUGUACAUUCUCAAUGAGCACAAGUUGUUUGUUGCGCAGUUGAACAGUACACUGCAGUCUACUUUGUUCAAGGCGUAA